AAGAGAGAGAGGUUUCUUCUCAUUAGCAGGAGUCAAUCGUCAGCCUUGAGAAGGAAAAUUAAUGAAUUAAUGAAUGGCACACACACACUGGUAUGUAUCCUCUGCUCUGAGCAGUGGAAGCAGUACACAUUAGUGAGCACAGUUGUUUGGAUCCUCCUUGCCUGAUCAGAGGGGGGAAAGAGAGAGAACACAAGAGAAACAUCACAAGAGAGACAGAGAGAAAGAGAGAGUGUCUCCCUCUGCCUCUCCUGCUUCUCCUGGGCUAGUGGCCAGACACUGACUCUGUUGGAUCCUGGAAGAACACAAGCUGAGGAUACCACAAUGCUGCCUUAGACAGAAUGACAGAACACACAGCAACACUUUGGAAGGACUAUCAGCAGUAUUUCUUUUCCUUCAUUUGUUCAGACAUAAAGAAGAUGCAACAUCCCUGCCAGGCUGCCACAAGAACGACAGUCAGUCGGACAGACGGACAGAGAGCAGCAGUGGUUAUGCAGCUCGGGCUGUAACAGCUGGAGUACUCUCUCUCGCCUGAAGCAAUUGGUUUUAGGAGCUAAGUUCCUCACUACCUCUCAAUCAUUGAAUCAUAGUCCUGUAGGAUCUCCUCUCAUAAAGAUGGACACAAUACUGCAGUAGUUCCUACAGACUGAGACAGAACAGUACAGCUCCACUUGGAGAUCAGUAGAAAGAAACGGUGGAUUCUUCCCUCUCGGAGGGCUGAGAUACCUGCAAUACCUGUGGUCAGAGACUGGAUUGCUGCCUUUUCCUAUGGAGGAAAGAUUGAUGAUGAAACUGUAUAUCUGAUUUAUUAUAACAUACUCUGGUCAUAGAGCCUGGACUCUACCAGGUGGAUAUUUCCUACACUUCCCUUGGACUUAAGUAGUGAUUCACACUGGAUUGGCUUACUCCCUCUUCGGUGUAUUUGUGUCAGGAUGGAGUGUGUAAAGAAUGUGUCUCUGAUUCUGAGUGUUUUCCUGUUGAGCUCAGCACACUCAGCCCAGAGCGUCUACCCCAGAAUACGACUCUCCCAUAAAGAGUUAUGGGAUCUGAACAGGACGUGGGUGUUUCAGGGACCAGGUCCCUCCCUGCAGCCCCAGACCAUGCUGUUGGACGAGGCCCAUGAAAGGCUGUACGUAGGGGCUAAAAACAUCCUGUACUCCCUCAGCCUGGAGAGAGUUAACCACCAACACAGAGAGAUCGACUGGGCCAGCUCUGUGUCGCAGGUAGAAGAUUGUCUGAUGAAAGGCAGAGAAAAGCCAGAGUGUGCUAACUACAUCAAGGUGCUGCAUCGGUAUAACACCACCCACCUGCUGGCCUGUGGAACCGGAGCAUUUAAUCCUCACUGUGCCAAAAUCAGGGUGGGACACACAGGACAGGUCAGGCAGUUUGAGCUGGAGGAGCAGAGUAUAGAGAGAGGCAGAGGGAGAUGUCCCUAUGACCACAACAGCCCCGUUACAUCCACCCUGGACAGAGGAGAGCUGUAUAUCGGCCUGUACACAGACUACUGGGAGAAUGACGCAGCUCUGUGUCGACUGAACAACCAGAGCUACACACGCACUGAGAGAGACGACAGACAACAGCUCAACGAGCCGAAGUUCAUUGGGUCGAUGGUGAUUCCUGAUAACAAUGACAGGGAUGAUGACAAGGUCUACUUCUUCUUCACGGAGAGAGGGACGGACGCAGAGGGGGUUAACAAGGCUGUUUACACCAGGGUGGGACGGAUCUGUGCGAAUGAUCAGGGAGGUCAGAGGAUGUUGGUGAAUCGUUGGAGUUCCUUCCUAAAGACUCGUCUCAUCUGCUCUGUGGCUGGACCCAAUGGCAUCGACACACACUUUGACGAGCUAGAGGAUGUAUUUGUGUUGAAGAACAAGGAUGAGAAGAAUCCAGAGAUUUUUGGCCUCUUCAGCACUACAAGUGCUGUGUUCCAGGGCUAUGCGGUGUGUGUGUACCACAUGGAUGAUGUGCGAGCAGCGUUCAACGGCCAGUUUGCCCACCGGGAGAGACCAGAGCACCACUGGACCCCCUACGAAGGCCGGGUCCCCUACCCACGCCCCGGAUCUUGUGCCAGUGAGGUGAAUGGUGGUGGGUUCUCAGGUUCUAAGGAGUUCCCUGAUGAGGUUCUGCGAUUCGUGCGUUCCCACCCCGUCAUGUUUAGCCCGGUCCUCCCCCUCCACCGCAGACCAGUUCUACUGCAGACAGAGCCAGGGGGGAGGAGACUGACUCAGAUCGCUGUGGACCGUGUCCAGGCCCAGGAUGGACACUAUCAUGUUCUGUAUAUAGGAACAGGCGACUCUGUGGUGUUGAAGGUUAUCACCAUCUACAACAAAGACACAGACACCAUAGAGGAAGUGCUGCUGGAGGAACUGCAGGUGUUCAAGGUCCCUUUUCCAAUAACUGAGAUCAUCAUAUCAGCUAAACGGCAACAGCUAUAUGUGGGUUCUGAGGUUGGUGUGGCUCAGGUGAGGCUCCAUCAGUGUGACCUGUACGGGUCUGAGUGUGCCGACUGUUGCCUAGCGAGGGACCCUUACUGCGCCUGGGAUGGAAUCACCUGCUCACGAUACUACCCUGCUGGGGUUUACACCAAGAGACGAUUCAGGAGACAGGAUGUUCGCCAUGGCAACGCUGUACAGCUGUGCAACGGGCUACAGAUUGAUGGGGAGCAGUACCAGGGUGCAGCGGAGAGGCAGGUGUAUGGGGUGGAGAGUAACAGUACUCUACUAGAGUGUACCCCUCGUUCUCUACAGGCCAGAGUCAUGUGGUACAUACAGAGGGACCCAGACAGAGAGGAGGUCGGAGGUGAUGAGCGUGUAGUUAUCACAACCCACGGGCUGCUGUUCCUGCGUGUUCGGAGCGGGGAUGCUGGUGUGUACGUGUGUCAGACGGUGGAACAUGGCUAUGUCCACACCCUACUGAGGGUCACGCUACACGUGUUGGGAGGGCAGAAGGUUGGAGCCCUGAUACACAGGACAGGGGAGGAGGGGGAGGGAGAGGGGGAGAAAAAAGCAACCUGUCACCUCCCUAUAGAUACCUCUCCAGGCCCCCACCCUGGUUCCAACUCUGACCCAAGUUCCAGGCUACAAGGAGCCCUGUCAGGGUUAUCCUUAGCCCCAGCCCCAGCUCCAGGCCCUACCUCCAGGCUGACAGGCCCUGCUACUACAUCCAGGCUGCCAGACCCAGGAACAGGCCCUUCCUCACAGCUGUGGUACAAGGAGUUUCUCCAGCUGAUAGGCUAUGGGGACUCCCAGCAGGUGGAGGAGUACUGUGAGAGGGUCUGGUGCUCAGGGAAGAGACGCAGGAAGACUAAACGCAGAUACACCCAGCCAAUGGAAAUAGGAGAGAGGAAGGGGAGGGGGAAAGGAGACCCACACCGAGCCCCCAGACACACCUUGGACAACUGAGGGGGGAGAGAGUGAGAGGCUCAGAGAAUAUUCAACAAAGAAUACCACUGAACAAUAAAAACAUCUUGGAGAAUAUUCAACAAAGAAUACCACUGAACAAUAAAAACAUCUUGGAGAAUAUUCAACAAAGAAUACCACUGUACAAUAAAAACAUCUUGGAGAAUAUUCAACAAAGAAUACCACUGUACAAUAAAAACAUCUUGGUGAAUAUUCUACAAAGAAUACCACUGAACAAUAAAAACAUCUUGGAGAAUAUUCUACAAAGAAUACCACUGAACAAUAAAAACAUCUUGGAGAAUAUUCUACAAAGAAUACCACUGAACAAUAAAAACAUCUUGGAGAAUAUUCUACAAAGAAUACCACUGAACAAUAAAAACAUCUUGGAGAAUAUUCUACAAAGAAUACCACUGAACAAUAUAAACAGUUUGGAGAAUCUACUGUUGAUGAUGGAACAUGGAUUCUAUCAAAUGGAAUAGAUGUAACCCCACAAUAAAAGUUAUAGGUACUUCAUCUGAGUCUUUAGAAAUGAACUUAUAUCCACAGUGUAUCUCAACAGUGCAUUUCCCCUUCAAUAAAUGGCCAA